AACCAAACUAAUUCUAUUCACUAGGGAUAAUACAAUAUUUGAAUACAAAAAAUCAUCUUCAUAACUCAUUUACUAAUGCCCGCCAGCUUUACAAGCAUGGUCCCUAUCAGCAACAUCAACAAGUUCAGAUAUCUUUCUGGUACCGAGUAUUUACACUAAUAUGGAUUAUCUCUUCUGGAGAAAGAACAACAUUUUCAAACCAUAAUUAGAAAGAGAUACUUAUUCCUGGAUAAUCUGGUAUAUUUGAAAGGCCGAAAUGACAAACUCUUUACGAGGAUAGACAAGAAUCUAUUGGAACUAGUUCAUUAUAUAGAGAGUGAGUGUCAUGCCUGGUUCAAUGCAAACGAGAUGGUGCCAUCAAUUCCACAAGAUCAUAGUAUUGAGAAUCCCAAAGUCUUAACUUUAUGUAAUAUAUGCUUGAUAGAUGGGUCAUGAACAUCCACAAUGAGUUUGGAUGGACAGCUUGGAAAAGGUUCAACUUAUGGGGACAUAAAUUUUCUACGAUGAAAAUCUGCCUUACAUUCAGAAGUGGAAACACUAUGAUGGAUGAUGGAGAGUAUGCUUCAUUAUUCGACAUGUCAGAGAUUUGGGACGGAUUGCAAAGAUUUAAUCACCAUGAUUAAGGAGCCUCAUGUUUGGCUAAAUUUUGCUACAUAAUUGGAAAGGAAAGAGACUCUGCAGAUAUGCUUCCCAUAUUUCAAGAUCAUUCAUAUUCCACGAGCGCAAAAUCAGAUUUCAGAUUCUUUAGUUAGGACUGCGCGGUCUUUCUAUAGUUUUGUUGGUUAUUCUAUUUCGGUCUAGUUAUCUAGACCAUUUCAAGUUUGAGUGAUAGAAUAGUCGUUCGUUACAAAAAAAACUCAUUUACUAAAUUUGGGAUAGCAAUUAUAUUAAUGAGUUUGUCCAAUCUAUGGCAACAUAAAUUACGACAAAUAAUAUAUUAUCAUUUGUCAAGAUAUUAACAUAUUUUAAAAUUUAAAGUGGAAAUUAUAUAUUUUCAAAUUUAUUGUAUUGUAAUGAUCAAAAUAUUGAUGUAUAUAUUGAUAGAUAAAUAUAUGAAUAUAUCUUUAAAUCUCAUGUUAAAGAGACAUAAUUGGUUUUUGUAGUGAAUUUUCCAUUAAAUUAUUUUCAAAUAAAAUUACCACAAAAUUCACCAAAAAAAACAACACAAAUAUUUAAUGGAAUUAGGAAACUAGUAAAUUCAAUACCACAAAAUUUUAAAAGAUUUUAGAAGAAUGAUUACAAAUAAUUAAUCCAAUAACAUAAAUUUUAAAAAAAAAAUUGAUGAAAUACAUGAUUAAAGAACACUAAAAUUUAAUGGAAACUAUCAUUUCUUCACAUUCAAUCAAAUUUUUUAAAUCCAAUGGACAAGUUUACAAUAGUAAUCCUAGUUCUUCAUACAACUUGCAAUGAAUUAGUUAUAAGGUUAUAGUAUGUCUCCGAGAAUCGAGAAGACACGCAUGGAGUUUAAAUGUGUGGUCGGAUAGGUAUCAUCUCAGAUGGAAUGUAAGUUUGUGCAGCUUUGCUUAGAGAGUUAAAUAAGGAUCUUGUUGGCCACGAGCUUCGAUCUAUCCCUUUCCUUCUUCUCCCCUGCCGCAUUCUUUGGGUCAACACUUAAACCCUCACUUCACGUGUAACUCGCUCCACAACGCGUGUGUGUAUACAACCAAUAACUAUAAGUUUAGAAGUUUACAACCAUGUCUAUAAAAACGUAGAUCCUGUUCCAUAUAUGCCAGUCACGUUGGGAACUGGAAUCCGGUCAACUGCCUUGCUAGUAGGAAGAUACUAUAUAUAUUAUAUAGUACUACUUGCUUACCGGCCUUCUUAUAACUUUCCUUCAAAUGAUAGCUAUAUUGAUCAUACAACCAGCUCAUUCCAGCACAUGGACCACAUCUAUUCACGUGCCAUGCAAAUUGAUGCAUAUCUAUUUAUAAACACACACAACGACAUGUAAUUGUUAUAUAUACCAUCUACCCAUAUAAUUAGCUAAGCUCACAAAUAGUCUCUCCUCAUCACCAUGGCAGCUAACAACAAACUGAUCCUCGUGUUACUCUCCCUACUUCCUCACAUCAUAUUUUCCUCGGUAGCAGCAAGAAAAGACUACAACACGAAGGCCUACGUGGACUCUUGGUGCCGAACAACCUUAUACCAAAACCUGUGCGUCCGGUCGCUGUCUCGUUACGUGCGUUCAAGGGCUAUGCAAAAUCCACAGGACCUGGCCAGAUUCGCACUCAAAGCAAGUCUCUACCGAGCCAAGUACACAAAGGCGUUCUUGUCAAAAGAGGUAACAAACCUGGAGACGCUAAGGCCUAAAUACUAUGCAUUGGUACACGACUGCUUGACCCAAAUCAGAGACAGCGUGGACCAACUGAGCCUAGCAAUAGCGGAGCUGAACAGAGUCAACAGGAGAGGCGGAAAGAGACAAUUAGAUCUGGACUGGCACAUAAACAACCUGCAGACGUGGACAAGCACAGCUCUCACAGACGCCGAGACAUGCGUGAGUCAGUUCCCGGGGCGGAGGAUGAGCAAGUUGAAGGCAACAAUUAAAGGGAAGGUGAAAAAUGUGGAAGAAACCACAAGCAAUGCCCUCGCCUUCAUCGAGCACUACGCUGCUGCUAGGUACAGAGCCAGACGUCCAUGACCGUUGCCUCCACCAGCUUGUGUUUUGAUCAUAAAUGACAUUCUUGCCUUAAUUAAUACGUUGUAUAUCACUUCUUGAUCUCGUAAUUAAUCAUACAUAAAAUUUAAUCAA